UAACCGUUUGAGAAACCCAGAUCUCAGCGACUAUUAUAUUGUCAUCAUAAUCAAUCCCUCACACAAUGCCCUCAUGGGACUACUUUGAGAUGAUUCCUUUGCAGUAUAUAAGACAUACAUGUAUAUAAAAGAUUAGAAACAUGGACAAAGGUAAAGACUGGAGGAGCAUUGCAACUGUAAGUAGUAGAUUGCCACCUACGUCAGAUCUGGAGGGGAGAAGACAACCCGGAGACAUCAUGAUAGGAGUAUUACUGCCUAUUAACUCUGACAAGAUUUACCAAAAACUUACAUUCAAUGUCCGGCCACUUAAGACUACCUGCAGAUUAUUCAGCCUAGAAUUUUACCACCGGUUCCAGGCAUUCCUAUUUACCGUUGAGGAAAUCAACAAGGAUCCCAAAAUUCUGCCAAACAUGACUAUUGGAUUCCAGAUGUAUGACACCUGUAAUAUACCUCACUAUGAAUUACAAGGGGCUUUACAGUUCCUGACAGACUCUGAUAGAAUUAUCACCGACAACCAGUGUUGUUCUAGACCUCUGUUCUCCGCCGUUAUUGGGUCUACAUUUUCAGCCAAUUCAAUCAUCUUGGCUCAUGUUUUGGGGGCCUUCAGAUACCCACAGAUCAGUUCAUUUUCGGGUCUUUCUCUCUUAAGUAACAAGAGAAUGUUUCCAUCCUUCUUCAGGACUGUCCCGAGUGACAAGUUCCAGUCUAAAGGACUGGCUGAGCUUAUUCUCAGCUUUGGCUGGACCUGGAUUGGUCUUGUGACUGUUGACACUAAUUAUGGCCUUCAGGGAAUUCAGCCAAUAAGGGAAGAAAUAGUCAAGGCUGGAGCAUGUGUGGCCUUCAUGGAAUAUAUUUACCUUGGGCAACCAGACCGCAAUGCCCCAUACAUAGUGAAGACCAUAAAAGAGUCCACAGCUACGGUUGUAGUUGUUUUUGCCUCUGAAGUUGAAUUUGUUCUUAUUUUGAACGAGAUGGUAAAGCAGAAUGUCACAGGGAAGAUUUUUAUUGGGAAUGUGGGUUGGGCCAGAGCCAUAAUAUUGUCCAUGAGUACGUAUUCUAGUAUUUUAUCUGGAAGUCUUAAUUUAGCCUUCAGUGAUUAUGUUGUCCCAGGAUUAAGUCAAUUCCUGGCCAAGAUAGAUCCAUCUACAUCUGUAACAUCAAAGUGGACCAGGAUGUACUGGGAGUCAGUGUUCAACUGCAAAUUUCUUCCUGAGAAUCAAACUAUUUCUUUAGAGAACCCAGUAAACAUAUGUACGGGAUCAGAACAUUUAGACGGCAUCAAGAACAAUUCCAACUAUGUAUCUAGCUUGCAAUCCACGCAUGCUAUGUUUUCUGCAGUUCAAGUCAUAUCCAAAGCUUUAGAUGAUCUGAAAAGCUGCAAAAUAGGUGAAGGGCCAUUUUUUAAUGGGACAUGUGCGAACAUUUGGAACUUCAAACCAUGGCAGCUUACUUACUAUAUACGGAGGGUCCAGCUUAAUAUUAAUGUGGAGAAUGGAAAAUAUUUUGAUGAGAACGGGGAUCCUCCUGCAAUCUUUCCUAUUGUUAACUGGCAGCUGAAGGCAGAUGGGACCCUGACACAGGUUAAGAUAGGCAGCUAUAAUAGUAAUGUCCCUUUUCCUUGGACUCUGACCCUGGACACAAGUCUUAUUGUUUGGAAGAUGGGAAGAAAACAGGUCCCUUCCUCAUAUUGUAGUGACAGGUGCAUUAUGGGAUUCAGGAAGGCCGCCCUGCAAGGGAAACCGACAUGUUGUUACGUCUGUGUUCCGUGUCUACAGAGGGAGAUCUCAAAUCAGACAGCUCCGAUCCGGGGCCUCAAAGAAGAAUAG